AGAGUGGCUGUAGCUUGGUGAUGGCUGGGAGGAGGAGGAGAGACAGGAAGGGGGGAUAAUACAGAACAGAGGGAUCCCGCUAGCCCGUGGUGGGGCUGCCUCUCUUUCAUUACAGCUGCAAAGAAAUCCAGCUGCCUCCAUUGUGAGCCGGGGAGCUGCGCGGUGCCGGGGAGGUGGGAUCUUGCCAGCCAGGGACUUUCUCAUUGUUGCAAUUGUUCGCCCUGGCGUCCUAGGGCUGCCCCGGGUUCUGCCGACACCAGCUCCCGCCGCAGCCUGCAGGGGCUGGUGGCCUUUGAUGUCUGUGUAUCUGACCAUGGAUCAGUGGGCUGCUGUGGAUCCUGAUCAGAAACCUUUGUGCAGGGGUGGCAUACAGGAGAACGAUGAUCCCCUGGUGACUCUGAGGCCUCACUCCUGUGCGUAUUCUCUCCUUACCCCAGCCGGGGACAGGACAGCGAGUGAGACCAAGGAGGAGAAUCCUGGGGAGGAAGGCCCUGAGAUCGUGGAACUGGAUCCAGCGUUGCUGGGCAGGCCAGAGGGGCCUGGGGCCAGGACCCUGGAGGAGCAGGGCCCGGCCUGCGAGAGCCUGCGCUGGACAGUGGUGCAGCAGAUCGACUCUCCUGGAAAGCCGAUGCAGCGGCGGGGCAAGUCAGCUAGUGCCGGCUUCCAGAACUUCAAGAGCAUCAUCGUGCUGCAGAAGAGCUACGAGUGUGGUGAGUGUGGCAAGACCUUCAGCUGCAGCUCACACUUCAGCAAGCACCGGCGCACCCACACUGGCGAGAAGCCCUUCCGUUGCCUGCACUGCGGGAAGAGCUUCAACGUCAGCUCCAAUCUCUACCGCCACCAGAGGGCCCACGCCGCCGAACGGGCCUGCCCACGCCCUGAGAGCUCCCCACCACCGGUGCCAGCUAGUGCCCCUGCCCCUGCGACUCCUCGGCCCCGGGGGCUGCCCUAUAAGUGCGAGGAGUGUGGCAAGAGUUUCCGGCGCAACACGGAACUGGUGACCCACCAGCGGCUGCACACGGGGCGCCUGCCCUUCCAGUGCUCCCACUGCGGGAAGAGCUUCUCCUGGAGCUCCCACUUCGACCGGCACCAGCGCAUCCACACCGGUGAGAAGCCCUACCAGUGCCCUGAGUGCGGGAAGUGCUUCAGCCGCAGCUCCCACCUCUACCGGCACCAGCGCACCCACGCCGGGGGCCGCUCCUACAUCUGCACCUACUGUGGGCGCAGCUUCAACAGCACCCUGCACUUCGACCGGCAUCAGCGCACCCACACUGGCCUGCGCCCCUACAAAUGCACCCUGUGUGGCAAGGGCUUUGGUGAUGGGCUGGCCCUGGUCAAGCACCAGCGCCUGCAUCUGGGGGACGGGCCCUUCCACUGUGAAGAGUGCGGCAAGAGCUUCGGGGCAAGGGCGCAGUACGCCCGGCACCGGCGCAGCCUGCACGGCACUGCUGCCGGCAGCACCGGUGGUGAGAAGCCCUAUCGCUGCAGCGACUGUGGCAAGAGCUUCUCCUGGAGCUCCCACUGGGAGCGGCACCAGCGUAUCCACACCGGGGAGCGCCCCUACCAGUGCAGUGACUGCGGCAAGCGCUUCGGCCGCACCUCCCACCUCUACCGGCACCAGCGCACCCAUGCUGGUGGCCAGCCCCAUGUCUGCGCUGACUGCGGCAAGAGCUUCAACAGCACUCUGCACUUCCACAAGCACCGGCGGGCCCACGCUGGUGAAGCCCCCUGCCACGCCUGUCCCGACUGUGGCAAGACCUUCGCCGACGGUUCCACUCUGGCCAAGCACCGGCGCACCCACACCGGAGAGCGGCCCUUCCCUUGCCCCCAGUGUGGCCGGCGCUUCAGCGUCAGCUCCCACCUGUACCGCCACCUGAGGAGUCAUGCUGAGGAGAAGCCACUGGAGGAGAUUGCGUCCUACUAGAGAUCAGCUCCUCUUCCCCCUUUGCCUGGGAGAGGAAUCCCCCCAUGCUGGAGGUCUAGCUCACCGGGACCUGGCCGCCCCUCUCUGGGCAUGGAAGUGAACUCCAUGCACUACCAGCCAGAGCGUUAGUAGGGCUUACCUCACAGGGACCUGGCUAUGGGGAUCGCUGACCCUCAGGGGUAGCUGAGACCUCUAGGAGAGCAGCAGGGAGCCCCGUUGUGGGCACCUUGGGGCCACAGGAAUGGGCUCAGUGUAAGGUCCCAAUCUGGAGCCCCUUGAAGGGCUCCACGUCGAUGGGGUCUGGAUCAAGCCCUGAGGAUAUAGGUAGAUAAGGUAGAUUAGGUAGGUUGGGUAGGUAGGAGGUAGAGCAGAGUGGUGGCAGUGCUAGGGGGCUGGGUGGGGUGGAAAUAAGAGAGGGAAAUGGUGUGGGAUUGAGGGUGUAUUACCCUCUCGCUCACUCUGGUGUAAAUCAGGAGUAAUCCCCCUAGAGUCAUUGGGGCUGAUUCCCCUCUCACUCACCCCAGUGUAAAUCUGGAGUAACCGCAUCGGGGUCACUGGGACUGGUUCUCCUCCCCUCAUCCUUGUGUAAAUCAGGUGUAGACCCACUGGAGUCCCUGAGGCCAGUUCCCCUCUUGCUCACACCAGUGUAAAUCAGGAGUAGCCCCACCGGAGUCACUGGGGCUGAUUCCCCUCUCAUUCACGCCAGUAUAAAUCAGGAGUAGCCCCUCUGGGGUCACUGGGACUGAUUCCCCUCGCUCAGCCCAGUGUAAACCAGGAGUAACCCCACUGGGGUCAGUGCAGUUACAGGAGUGUGAGGCAGAUCACUCAUUCGCCCCAGCCUGCAGGUGCUCAGUGCCUGAUCAGAGCUGGGUCAGGAGGCAGUAUCUGGGGAUCAGGUAGGUGGGGCAGGAGAUGGCAAGAAAGAUGGGAGCCAGAGGGGGAGGGGAAAUGAAGUGUUUGGGGAUCAGGGUUGCUGUAUGGUGGGCGCAAGAGAGGGCUGUGGCUGAUGGAGGACUGGCAUGUCUGUGGACUGGGCUGGUGGGGCAGACCAUGGCACUGCUUAGGGUCUCCAAGCUGAGGAGAACGGGACCAAGUUUACUGCCACUCCUUUUCUAGGUUUCCAUGCCCUGUCCUCUGCCUCCUGAUCAACGUGCCUGACUCCAGCAGGAAUGAGACAGAAAACCUUAGAGUAGCAUGUGAUUAACUUGCAGAGUUCGCAGCUACAGGAGAUGACUGGGGCAAAUAGCUCAGCAAAGCCCUCUGCCAGCUCCAUGGAGCAGUCUGGGGCUGUUGACUUGCAAGUGACUUCCUGCAUGUGUGAAAAUCUCCUUUAGACACAAGCCCCCCAAGUCCCGAUCCUAAUUCAGAGCAUGAGGGACAAGAACCUGCUCUCAUCUGGUCUAGAGAUAUGGAGGGGGUGAGUUUCUGUUAAGGAAGGAAGCUAAUCACUCCUGAAAUAAGCUGUCCAAACUGGGGCUCAGAAAGUCAUGACCUUCAUCAGCUACACUUGUUGAAAGGAUCUCGGAGGUAUUUACAUACCAGGAAAUCUGUUGUUAUUAGAGGUCAGAUUCUUUGUUGGUGUCAGCUGGCAUCCAGAGACUUCUUCCCAUUUAUCCCGGGUGAUAAGUUAACCCUUUCUCUACAGUAGGCUUGGGCCUUGUCUGCACAUCAAAGUUGACUUGCUUUGUAACUCGAUGGGUACAGUUAACAUCAUCAUCACAGCGAAUCCCAAAGGGGUGUAACCUCCCUGCAGAUUGAGCGCUACCCAAAUUGAUUUGUAGCUAGAUCCUCUGGAUGGUCUGUACACUGGUGAGCUUAUCAAAGUCUUUGAUGACCAUGUGAUCAUUGGCUGUGUAGCAGUGUUCCUUGGUAACUGAACUCUGUAAUUCAUUAUUACUCCUGAGGGCAUUCUGUGCCAAAGAAAAAUUAAAACUCUGCACACAAUAUUUUAAAAUUCUGCAAAUUUUAUUUGUCAAAUAAAUGUGGAGGCUCCAGCAUGGCGUUGUGGAGCACCGGCCACUGGCUGCACAGAGGUGGGAAAUCACUGCACAGCUCCCUCCUGAGACACAGACUCAGCGGUCAGGCUGCACCCAACCCUGACACAGUGCAAGGACAGGGCCUGCCCCAGAAACACCCCAUUGCCCUGCCCCUCUUUACCAGGUGUACCGGGGAGGGUGAGUCUUGGGAAGAUCUGGAUGCAGAGGGGUUUGGCGAAUGUGGGGAGCAGCUCCCUGUACAAUGAUCCCUUCCCCUGCAGCUGAGGAGCAAUGAGUGUAGGAAGUCGGGGGCAGAGGGGAGUUUGCAGAGCUUCUUGCAGCUGGAGGAGAAAUCUGGAGGUGAGUCUGAACCGGCCCGUAUGCUGUGCAGAGGAAGGGGAAGUCCCGUCCUCCCCAGCCCAGACUAGCAGCUGAGCCAGGCACAGGGUAGGAGUCACCAGCCGGGUCUUCCUCAGUUCUGCCCCACAGUGAUUUACCUCUCUGCCAGCUGCCCAAAACAUACUGCUGGGAGGGUUCAUGACCUUUCUUGUGGCUUCCCUUUGCUUCCCCAUCAGAAAAUCAUUUUUCUGCAGGGAAGCAAAGAAAUUUGUGGGGGACAAAUUCUGUGCAUAUGCAGUGGUGCAGAAUUCCCCCAGGAGUAUUCAUUAGUCUUUCAUCCUAAUAAUACAUCAGUACCAAGAAAGCCACCAAAACUGAACCAGGACUGAUGGAAGCAGUUGCUGGGUUUGGCUACAAAUAUCCUCAUUGCUGAUCUUGUCUCAACACUUGAGAUGGAGCAGUUGGCGAAGAUCAUAUGAGUUGUAUUGGUACAAAGGUGCCCUCUCUCAGUAUAACUGUUUUCAUAAAGGAAGGGGAAUAAACUCUACUAUCAUAAGACAUCUUUAUGCCGAUAUAACUGCCUCCGCUCUAGGAGUUGUUCCCACUGUACUAUUCUGAUGGAAAAUCAAACCCCUAUCCCAUAUAGCUAAUCUAGUCCAAAAACUGUGUGUAGACAAGGCCUGAAAAUGUCCCACCGCUGCUACUACUGGUUCUGCUUUUCUGUUGGUGUGAGAAGCGGGAGUCCUAAUGUAGACAGAGUGCUUGUGGCUACCAGCAUAUUAAGCACUGUUCUGCGUAAGCCAGUUCUGUGCAUGUCAACACAGUGCUUUAAAUGCUGGUCUGUUCCUGGAGCCCUGCCUAAAGUAGCACUCACCUCAUUGUUACCACAGGUGGAGCUGAACUGGCUCUCACAAUAGUGGGAAAUGUUGGACAACAAAGCCUACGUCCUUCAUGGAGGCAGCAGCCCUUUCACUCGGGGCUAGUUGGGAAGCCCCAGAUUGGGUGACCCUAGCUGGGCAUUGGCUUUGGCUGGACACUUGAUCACCUGGCUGGGUUGAAGCGACACAUGCUACUGAGCGAUGGCUAAGCAGAAGAGGGCUUUUGACUGGAGUUAAAGAUGACCUGCAAAGGGAUUUUGCUUUCCUUUAUGCUUGUUUUUUAUGUUAGAAAUUCUGGUCUAGUUUACCCUGGAAGACUGUACAGUGUCUGGGGAACCAGUGAAGAGAGGACAUCCCAAGAAAAUGGAAAUUGAGCAAUUGGAAGGAGAAGGGAUUUUUUGAUCAGCCUAUUGUAAAACUCUUUCUUUUUUCAUUAAUACCUGUUUCACUCCAGUACCCAUACAACACCUGUAUUGAUGUUAACGAUCAUGGGCAAGCUUUUCAAAGGGGGCUGCCUAACAAUGGGUUUCUCUGUACAUAUUUAGGCACCUAGAUAAUUAUAUUAUUUAAUAUGUAAUUUUUAGGUGCUUAAAUGUGAAUUCCGGAGCCCAGCUUUAGGCAUCUCAGCUCAGAGAUGUUGCAAUGAAGACUCGCUGUGGAUAUCACUAAGGCCCCAACAGGACAUCCAGCCUAGCCAGGGGAGAUGUGGCUUGACAUGCCUGACAUUUCAAAGGUAAAAAACAAGCAGCCAAAAAGAAAGAUGUAUACUUCUACCUUGAUAUAACGCAACCUCAUAUAACACGAAGUCGGAUAUAACGCGGUAAAGCAGUGCUCCACGGGGGACGGAGGGGGCUGCGCACUCCAGUGGAUCAAAGCAAGUUCGAUAUAAUGCGGUUUCACCUAUAACACAGUUAGAUUUUUGGCUCCCGAGGACAGCGUUAUAUCGAGGUAGAGGUGUAGUUAUGAAAAAUACAAUCUUUCCAGCCUUUGCUCUACGUCACCAGGAUCCAAAGGUACAGGUCUGGUUUUGUUUUCCAAUCCACUGCAGGUCUCCUUUCAGCCAUAGAAUCCCAGCUCCGGAGCAAGGAGCCCAGGCAGAGAAGUAGUUUAGCAUGGGGGCUUGAACCCUGAGCCUGUUAGCUAGAGUUCUGAGAAUGAUGUUCACUUGACAUAAGCUCCACUGCCAUCCUUGCUGUCCGGUACAUCUCUGGUCAAGGGGAGCUGGGACUGUGUGUGUAUUGUGAAUAAAAUAGACUAGGGGGGGAAA